GGUAACACAGCUUGUGUGAGGGUAUCUCGUGCGCUCCUUUAUUGAGGUCCUGCAAGGAACCCCACUUCUGUCCCACGCUGAUUGUUGCAAUCAAUCAAUACACGCUGUGUUGUUCCUGUUUUCUCUGUCUUAAGUCUCGCACUACUCAUGGCCGUGGUUCAUCGCUACUCGUGUGAACGACGCAGGACUUUCUGCUACCUUCAUGUUUGGGUCGAGCGCUUUCGAUCUGAGGGCUGUUGAUUUUUUGGGUUCUAACUGUGGCGUAUCGAGAAUUUUCGUUGAAGAGGAAGUGUCACGGAUCGUAUCUGCGGUGGCGCUGAGGUCGUUUGGUGAUUAGCGCCUCCGAGGCGGGGCUUGUUUGCACCAGUGUGGGAUAAGGGUUGUGAUAUUAGUGUUGGGUGUUUAGGGUAGAUCUCGCGUUUUAGUGCUUCAGCGCCUUCUACGAGGAGGGUUUGGUGAGCAGUCAGUUGGGAGAGGGUUGGGUGCCUACGAUGAUUCAAGUGACGGUAAGUUCUACAUAGAGAUCAAUUCUUCCCCGACGACGUGCUUGCGAUCAGUGGCGUGGAGAAAGGAAAAGCUUCCGUAAGGACGUCCAGGGGCGGAGUCAACCUGGCGAUGGCGUCGGGAGCUGGGUGGUCGCCCAAGGCUAGAAAUGCUGGUUGGGAUGAUUUACGCAAACAGGCAAGGAAACUGGAAAGUGAGCUUGACGUGAAGCUAGCAUCAUUUCGAAGAAUCGGUACACCAAAAGACGGUCAGGGAGAUGGCAGUGAGGCCGAAAUAGAGAAACUGCUGCAGCACCUCAAUGAAGUGAAUAAGGACAUGCAAAACUGGGUUUCAAAUGCAGGUUCCGAUGUCCUCUCGCACACUCUUGCACGACACAGGAACAUUUUACACGAAUUAAGUCAGGAGUUUGCGAGGAUCCGUGUCAACGCAAAAGUCAACCGCGAACACGCAGAGCUAUUGCAACAUUUUAGCAGAGGUGAUGAGAGAAAUAGCGUCAUGGAUGAUGGGGGCUUUGGUCUACAACAACAAGCUCUUCUGCGGGAACAAGGGGCAAUAAGUAGGAGUACUUCUCAGAUGGAUUCUAUGAUCGGUCAUGCUCACGAAACAUUCAGUGCCUUGAGAUAUCAACGGUCCACAUUCGGGGACAUCUCGGGAAAAAUAAACACCAUCGGUAGCAGGUUACCAUCGGUAAAUGGGGUUUUGACAGCCAUUCGAAGGAGAAGGUCACGUGAUACGAUCAUCAUUGGGUCUGUUGCAUCACUGUGCACUAUACUAAUUCUUUUAUACUGGAUAACUAAGUGAUUUGCAUUUCGAGUCAGUACACUCCCAGAUUUUGAUUGAUUAGAUAUGUGGACAGACAUUACUAUAUUCAGCCCUGGUAGUGAAUGCUCGUGAUGGUUCUCAUUGUCACGAUCGAAGUUUGACAUCAAGAGUGGAACAGUGUUGAACUGAUCGCUUGACCUUGCCAAUCUUUGUUCACACUGAGACCUCCGAACGUAGUAAUAAGUUUGCAUGAACCUUCCAAGGGUUCAAAUUAUUUUGCUGAUUGUAAAUUGGCGCUGUUAUUGUAUUCCUCUGCUUUGCAACCUUUGAGUCU